AUGAGUCACCCAGAGGUUGGAGAGCGACUGGCGUCGAUAAAGCACGUUGUUCUGGUUCUCUCAGGAAAGGGCGGUGUUGGCAAAUCCUCGUGCACAGUCCAGCUUGCGCUGUCUCUUGCUAGCCAGGGACGCAAGGUCGGCGUUCUUGACAUUGAUCUCUGCGGGCCCAGCAUCCCGCGCAUGCUCGGUCUCGACGGCCAGCAGAUCCACCAGGCUACUGCGGGCUGGAAGCGGCUCGCAUGCAUGUCGAUUGGAUUCCUGUUGCCUGACAAGAAUGCGUCGGUGGUCUGGCGCGGGCCAAAGAAGAAUGCCAUGAUCAAGCAGUUCCUUACCGACGUGUACUGGGGCGACCUUGACUACUUGCUCAUUGACACGCCACCUGGUACCUCGGACGAGCACCUGGCUGUAGUGGAGUAUCUGCAAGAGUGGAGCCCCGACGGAGCCGUGAUAAUCACCACACCGCAGGCGGUGGCCCUGACAGAUGUCAAGAAGGAGAUCAACUUUUGCCACAAGGUCGGCUUGCCUGUGCUUGGUCUGAUCGAGAACAUGAGCGGGUUCGUGUGCCCGCACUGCAGCGAGUGCACGAAUGUGUUUUCAACUGGGGGUGGCGAAGGUUUGGCAGGCCAUAUGGAGAUCCCGUUCCUUGGAAGGGCUCCAAUUGAUCCGAACCUGGUAAUGCUGCUGGAGCGCCCAAGCAAACGACUCCUGUCGAUUGUCGAGACAUAUGAAAGAUGCGAGCUGAGUAAGAUAUUCAAAGGCAUCUGCGAGCGACUAGAUGAGGCAUUGUAGAUUAAUAUAUUCGCUUUUGCCAUAUGCAUAUGACUACGUGUUUUGGUAUAUG